AAAUGAGGCCGUGGGUCUGUGCCCUUCUUGCUCUUAGAAAUGAGACUUUACUGGCUGGCAAAAGGAGCUUCCACAACAGGUGGUGGCACCGCUGGGUGCCUGCAAUGCAGCAGGGUGCAUAAGACUGCUGACUCUUUCAUGUCAUUGAAGGCAAAUCCUGGCUACUUAUUCCUAUUUCUUUCAGCAGCUAGUUUUGUGCGGACCCACAAAUGUUUCUGCCCACUUCUUGUUCAGAUUUGGCAGAGGAGCAGCCUUUGCCCUCCACUUUCUUUCCCAGACCAAGGACAAUCAUAUGGUACAGGUUUUUAGAGCUGCACCAGCUCAUGUAGAGGGAGAAUGAGCCCUUGGCUGACAAGAGGGGCUCGCUGCAGCCUCAGGGGGCUUUCUCCAGGAUUGUUUGAGCUCAUUUGUGAACCCUGGGAUGCUUUGGGAGUGUCAAAACAUGGGUGGAAAAGCCUCUGCUGCACAGCACUGGCAGCUUUUCCUUGUUGUUCCUAGGGCAUUUGCAGCUCCUUAAUCCCUUUUACCCAGUGAGAGAUACAAGGUAAUUUAAGUGGUUUCUGGUUGUCAGGUUUGUCAGGAGGUAUUUUACAGCCCCUCUGUCCAGCUGUGGGAUGUGGGGGUCUCUGGGAGAGCUGGUCCUGCCCAUGGGGGCUGGAAGUGCUGCAUGGAGCGAUGCUUUGGCUGCACCCAAACCUGGCUCCUGGCCUUGCCGAGGUGCAGGCAAGCACAGGGCUGAGGACACACCACCCAUCCUGCAAACCAGCCUAGAUUUAAGGAGCCAGGUUUUGAUGAGCCCUCUCAAGGGAACUGGAGAUGUCCUGCAUGCCUGAAAUCUGCAUGAAGGGUUAAUGCAAAGAGCCCAGUGCUGAGCAGCUUAAUCCUCUACCUGCUGCAUGUGGGACUGGGAUCAUUUGUGUAACUGGGAUUGAAACUCCUGUGCAGUCUCCUGGCUGGGCUGGAAGGAGCUCAGGGAUCUGCUUUCUUUUGCCCUUCGCAGGUAUCACCUGGGGGCUGUCUGGGGUGCUCCUGAGCCCUUCAUUGAGCAGAGUGGGGUAUUUUAGAGGGGCAUUUUGGGCAGAGUGCAGCCCUUCAGAGAAGCAACAGCAAGUGACACCCCCAGUUUGAGCUAGAUGAGAGACCCCAGCUCUUGUUCAGUACCUAAGAAUGGGAAUAUACCAGUAUCACUUGGCUCACUGGUGCUAUAUCCCAGUCUGGAGCUGCUUCAUGAAGGGAAGAAAGGGACCCAAAAGGACCAAGCAGCCAGAGCUCAGACAGCUGAAUCCCUGCUCUGCAACAUCUUGCUUUUACUUACCCUGUCAACAUCACAGCAGCCUUUGCUGCCCUUGCCAGAACCCCCAGCAGGUACCUGCCCCAGCAGCCACCAUGUCCCUGGGGUGUGGCUGAAAGGCAGUGGAGCAGAGUUGUUUUGCAGGGGCAGAAAGAAUGGGUGUGUGUGUUGGGACAUGAACUUCCUCAGUAAAAAAUUCUGUUCAAAUUACUGUUCAACUUCCUUCAAAUGAAAAAUGAUGGAGAGAGUAGAGGACCCUGAGAAGUGUCACAACUUCUGUGAUCUAUCUGCAAUGGCUUCCUAGUCAGGACAGGUUGUGAAAAUAAAAUAUCUAACUGAGGAGCUACCUUUAGGGAAAGUAAGUUUAACUGAGAUGGUGAGCAUAAAAUAGAGCAUUUAGUUUGCUCACAAUAGCAGUGAGGGAUGACGAGCUGAGCUGGGUUUUCUCUGGCUGUGCUGCAGUGCCAUAUUUUCCAAGCAGGACGUGGAAACAGAAGGACACCAGGGACCUUUCUGGGCUGCUCAGGAGACAGGGUGAGCAGCUGGUGCAGCUGGUGCUCCCUGGGCAGUGUGCACCCCUGCUGGGCUCUUGCCAGCUGGAGACCCCUCGGCACUGCCCGCAGCCGGCGGGAUGAUGGGCUGGAUUGAACGGGUGGUGCCCCAGCCCCCGGUGCCCCAUGUGACAGAGGAGACCCCUGUGCAGGAGCUGCAGCCAGCCAAGGCACCAACAGGAAAGGCCGGUGGUACCACAGAUACUGCUGCUCGGGCACACACUGAGGGUAAGCCCCAUGCUGGCUCAGGCUGCACAUCAGAGUUCCUUUACCCACCUGUCCCACCCCUGCCUGGCCUCCUGGGGGCUGCCAGAGUGGUGACAUAGCUUGCCUUAUUUUCCCCUGCUGCCAUUGAAGAAACGGAAAAGAAAGUGACCUUUGUGGUCUCUGAGGACUCUGUGUUUGACAGUGUGGGGAGUAGUGUGCUCUCCUGGAUCUCCUAUGGGCUGGAGAAGGUGAUUCCCCAGCCAGCCCCACCCCCAGGGCUGCAGGCACUCGGGAAGAGCUUCGAGACAAGCAUCGACAUUGCUGAUGAGACAGAGGUCCAGGACCUUGGGGAUGAGGAGGACGAUCUGGAGAUAACUCCCUUCGAUCUCGAGGAGGAUGUGUCCGAGGGCGAACCGGAGCCCGUCCCGGAGCAGUGGACAGGACAGCGGGUGCUCAGCUGGCUCUCACAGGGCUUCGAGAGGAUCCUGCCGCAGCCAGAGGAGAUGAAAAAGCCGGAGACAGAGCCGAAGGAGAAGAGCGAAGGCGCGGUGCAAGGCACCAAAGACACUAAAGCCCAGGCGAAGCCCAAGCCCAUCCCUUCGGGCACCCAGAGCGCCCCAGCGGCAGAGGAGGGGCAGCCGGAGGCAGUGACUGCCUUGAGCCCUCGGUCCUUGGCUGGGGACAGCCUCAGGAUGUUCAGCUGGUUUGUCCAGGGGCUGGAGAAGGUGAUGCCCCAGCCGGUGACCAGGGAGAAGCAGGACACACAGGGAGUGGCCACAGCAACCUUGACUCCUGUGGAACAAAUUCAUGUAGCCCCUGUGGAACAGGAGGAAACCCAUCCCAUCCUGAAAGAGAUCAGUGAUGAGCAGAUUGCUAAAGAGAUGGCAGCCUGGGCUCACAAGGCUGAGCUGGAGGCUCGUUCCCUUCCCACCAUACAGGAGGAACCUCAGGAAGAAGAAAAGGAAAAAGAGGAGGAGGAUAAGGAGGAGGAGAAGAAAGAGGAGGUGGAGGAAGAGAAGAAGCAAGAGGAAGAGGAGAGGAAGAAAGAGGAGGAGGAAAUGAAGCAAGAGGAGGAGGACAGGGAAAAGGAGGAAGAGGAGAGGAAGAUAGAGGAGGAGGAAAUGAAGCAAGAGGAGGAGGACAGGGAAAAGGAGGAAGAGGAGAGGAAGCAAAUAGAGGAGGAGGAAAUGAAGCAAGAGGAGGAGGACAGGGAAAAGGAGGAAGAGGAGAGGAAGAGGAAAAAAGAGGAGGAGGAGAUGAAGCAGGAAGAGGAGAGGAAGAUAGAGGAGGAGAGAAUAAAAGAGGAGGAGGACAGGAUAAAAGAGGAAGAGGAGAGGAAUAAAGAGGAAGAGGAGAGGACUAAAGAGGAGGACAGGAAAAAAGAGGAGGAGAGGAUAAAAGAGGAGGAGGAGAGGAUAAAACAGGAAGAGGAGGACAGGAAAAAGGAGGAAGAGGAGAGGAAGCAAAAGGAGGAGGAGGACAGUAAAAAAGAGGAAGAGGGUAGGAAAAAGGAGGAGGAAGAGGAGAGGAAGAAAAGGGAGGAGGACAGGAAGAGAGAGGAAGAGGAGAGGAAGGAGGAGGAGAGGAAGAAAGAGGAGAAGAGGAAAAAGGAGGAGAAGAAGAAGAAGAAAGAGAAGGAGAAGGAGAAGAAAAAAGAGGAGAAGAAGAAAGAGGAAGAGAGGAAAGAGCUCCCUGCAGGCUCUAGCAGCAUGGCCAGGCGGGCCCAGGACGUCGAGCUGGACCUGCUGGUGCAUGACAGGCCGCUGGCUGGCAGGGACCCCUCCCCUCCUGCCCAGGGGGCUCUAGAGCAGCUCCCCAAUGUCCCCAGCUACAGAGCUGCCGCCCGCACCCCCGUCCUUGCCAGCGCAACAAAGGCUGGAGCUGCCAACCCCACCUUUUGCACUGAGGAGCAAUCCCCACUAGUGCCCUCCCCCAGGAGGAAGAGACUGCUCCCAGAGGAUGGGCUGGACAAGGGGCUGGUGAGCCAAUGCCCCAGCCCAGUGCUGGGCUGGGAUGAGGAGCAGAAGGAAAGGCUGCCCGAGCGCGUGGGCUCAGCCACCAGCCUGAGCAGCACCACCAUCAACAGCCGGCUGCAGGAGCUGGUGAGGCUCUUCAAGGAGAGGACUGAGAAGGUGAAGGAGAAGCUGAUUGACUCUGAUGUCACCUCAGAUGAGGAGAGCCCUGUGCCGUCUCCCACCAAGCCAGCACCUGCAGCAGCACCUCUGCCUGCCCCAGGAGGGGAGCCAGAGGGGGACAGACCCUCGGGGGAUGACCAUUACUGUGAGAUGCUGUGCUGCACAUUCAAGCACCGGCCCUGGCUGGACCGCCUGAAGAGCUACAAGUUCCCCAGCAGCAUCGACCCCCUCACCAAUCUGAUGUAUGUGCUGUGGCUGUUCUUCGUUGUCAUGGCCUGGAACUGGAACUGCUGGCUGAUCCCUGUCCGCUGGGCUUUCCCCUACCAGACUGCAGCAAACAUCCACUACUGGCUGCUGGUGGACUACCUCUGUGACCUCAUUUACCUGCUGGACAUCCUCGUCUUUCAGACCCGGCUGCAGUUCGUGCAGGGAGGAGACAUCAUCACUGACAAGAAGGCCAUGAAAGAGAACUACAUGCGAUCACAACGCUUCAAGAUGGAUGUGCUGUGCCUCCUGCCCCUGGAUUUCUUCUACUUCAAAGUGGGUGUCAACCCCCUCCUGCGCUUCCCUCGCUGUCUGAAGUACAUGGCUUUCUUCGAGUUCAACAACCGCCUGGAGGCCAUCCUGACCAAGGCAUACAUCUACAGAGUGAUUCGGACCACUGCCUACCUGCUGUACAGCCUGCAUGUGAACUCCUGCCUCUACUACUGGGCCUCAGCCUACGAAGGACUGGGCUCCACCACCUGGGUCUAUGAUGGGGAAGGAAACAGCUACAUCCGCUGUUACUACUGGGCAGUGAAAACCCUCAUCACCAUCGGGGGCCUGCCAGACCCCAAGACCCUCUUUGAGAUUGUCUUCCAGCUGCUGAACUACUUCACAGGUGUCUUUGCUUUCUCUGUCAUGAUAGGGCAGAUGAGAGACGUGGUUGGUGCUGCUACUGCAGGGCAAACUUACUAUCGGAGCUGCAUGGACAGCACCAUCAAAUACAUGAACUUCUACAAGAUCCCCAGAGCUGUCCAGAACCGGGUGAAGACGUGGUACGAGUACACGUGGCACUCUCAGGGCAUGCUAGAUGAGUCAGAGCUGCUGGUGCAGCUGCCAGACAAGAUGAGGCUGGACAUUGCCAUCGACGUGAACUACAACAUCGUGAGCAAAGUGGCCCUUUUCCAGGGCUGUGACAGACAGAUGAUCUUCGACAUGCUGAAGCGGCUCAGAUCAGUGGUCUACCUGCCCAAUGACUACGUGUGCAAGAAGGGGGAGAUCGGCCGUGAGAUGUACAUCAUCCAGGCGGGACAGGUGCAGGUGCUGGGGGGACCCGACGGCAAAUCCGUGCUGGUGACUCUGAAAGCUGGGUCUGUCUUUGGGGAGAUCAGCUUGCUGGCAGCAGGAGGGGGAAAUCGCAGGACAGCAAAUGUGGUGGCCCACGGCUUCGCCAACCUUUUUAUUUUGGAGAAGAAGGACUUGAACGAGAUCUUGGUGCAUUACCCGGAGUCUCAGAAGCUGCUGCGUAAGAAAGCCAAGAAAAUGCUGAAAAGCAACAACAAACCCAAAGAUGAGAAAGGAGGCCCCGGAGAUCCGCUGAUCAUCCCCCCGAGAGCCGACACCCCCAAGCUGUUCCGGGCUGCCCUGGCUGCCGCGGGCAGGACGGGGGGCAGGGGGGCCGUGGGGCGGCUGCGCUGGAGGCUGAGGGAGCUCCGGGCCAUGCAGGAGGCACAGGCUUCCAGUGUCAGCCCAGCCCCACCAAAAUCACCAGUGCACCAGAGAUCCCCUGUCACAUCCCACAAAGCACAAACCCGCCUGGGAGAGGAAAUAUCCUCAGAGUCUUCUGAUCACUCAGUCACCAUUCGUGUGAUUCCCACAGCAAAAGAAGAUGAGGAAAUCCUUGCUGCUGAGAUUUCAGAGAAAGAUGAAAAAAAAGAAGAAGAAUGAAACAGCAGCAGGUCUCAGGGCAGGCGUAGGAGUCAGGCAAAUGCCUGGGCUAGCAGAUUUUUGUUGUUAAUGAUUUCCAUGCAGUGGCUGUAGGUUUUGCUAUGUGCUGUGGGAGGAUCUGCCUCUCUAUUCUGCCCAGACCCUCAAUCACUGCUCAUAAACCCUCUGCCAUUUGACCCAGAACCAUAUAAGGUUUCCAUGCUCUGCAGAUCUAUUGAGCACCUUUAUUAAUUUCCCACUAAAUCUCAGGUCAGCCCUUUUGCUUUGAAAUCCAGCCUUGUGGAGGGAGAGCUAUGGAAAAAUUGCUUUUUAUGGCUCUGGAUGGUUAAUGAGUGUUCAGACAAAGCAUGAAGAGUUAUUCACCUCUGACAGCUGAGUCACCGCUUGGCUAGAAACAACCAAGGGAAAAAAAACAACAAGGUUUCUCUGUUGGGCUCAAGGUUGACAGCAGCAGUGGGGAGUGAUUCAUGCAAAAAGGAUGUGGACUGUGCUCACAGGCCAAGCAUGGAGCAA